GUCCGUCUGAUCUCGGUGCACCAUUUAUUACCGUCCCGUGCUCGCGGAAGGCGAUUAGCGGCUGAGAGUUGAGUAUGGACCUGAUUACCGAGCCGUACAUCAUAACUGACACACUAUACACACACAGUGUAUUAUCAGCCAUACAUUAUACUGGGCAGGCACACAGCCGCCGGUACAGCGGGUACACCGGGAAUAGCAGCCUGCACACUGUCAGUCUCCACUAUACAGACAGACAGACAUGGGACACAGUCCGAGUAUAACAAUACAAUACAGAGUAACACUGCCACACAGAGUAACACUGCCACACACAGUAACACUGCCACACAGACUAACACUGCCACACAGACUAACACUGCCACACACAGUAACACUGCCACACACAGUAACACUGCCACACAGAGUAACACUGCCACACAGAGUAACACUGCCACACACAGUAACACUGCCACACACAGACUAACACUGCCACACACAGACUAACACUGCCACACACAGACUAACACUGCCACACACACUAACACUGCCAGACACACUAACACUGCCAGACACACUAACACUGCCACACACAGACUAACACUGCCACACACAGACUAACACUGCCACACACAGACUAACACUGCCACACACAGUAACACUGCCAGACACAGACUAACACUGCCACACACAGACUAACACUGCCACACACAGACUAACACUGCCACACACAGACUAACACUGCCACACACAGUAACACUGCCAGACACACUAACACUGCCACACACAGACUAACACUGCCACACACAGUAACACUGCCACACACAGUAACACUGCCACACAGACUAACACUGCCACACACAGUAACACUGCCACACAGACUAACACUGCCACACACAGACUAACACUGCCACACACAGACUAACACUGCCACACACAGACUAACACUGCCACACACAGUAACACUGCCACACACAGUAACACUGCCACACACAGUAACACUGCCACACACAGUAACACUGCCACACACAGUAACACUGCCAGACACACUAACACUGCCACACACAGUAACACUGCCACACAGACUAACACUGCCACACACAGCCAACAUACAGAGUAGCACUCCCACACAGAGUAACACUCCCACACAGAGUAACACUGCCACACAGAGUAACACUGCAAUACAGUGUCAAUAUACAGAGUAACACUGUGUAUCUAUUAGACUGCCUUACAAACAUCUUGUGGCUGUACGUCUGUCUACAUUGCUAUAUACAGUAUUUCGUGUAUGGAGGGCACUGUCCAUUAACCCCUUAAGGACCAAGGCUCUUUUGGCAGUUUUGUCAUGUGUUCAUUCUACCACAGUUUCACCCUUUCUGUUUAAAGGGACACUGUAGUCACCAGAACCACUACAGCUUAAAGAAGUUAGAGAAAAGGCAGUGUUUACAUUGCUGCCUUGUAAUACUGGAGAUGCUGAAUGUUCCCCAUAAAGAUGCAUUAAUUCAAUGCACCUCUAUGAGGCAAUGAUUGGUGCAGCAUUUUGCCAUACAUGCGUAAUAGCCUUAGCAUUGCAUUGGCUGAGAUCAUCAAAUUUUAUGAUCUCAGCCGCGGAGGCGAGCGAGGUGGGGCCAAGCGUGGCGCUUGAAAAAAGGUGACUUUAAACAUCUUUUUAAAGGGGGGCAGAGGACCUGAAUAGUGAUUUUGACACUAGUAUCAGGAAUACAUGUUUGUGUUCCUGACACUAUAAUGUUUCUUUUAAGUGCACCCAUACAUAUAUAUAUAUAAUUUGUUAAGGAGAAAUAUUAAUUUCUUAUGAUAUAUUAUGUAUACAUAUAUUUUGAUAUGUGUACAUAACACAUUAUUAAAUAUGAAUAAAAUAUUUUAAAAAUCUUUCAUAUUUUAGAAUGUCUACACAACAAGUGCAACUGAAGAAAACUAUUUUAAAAUAGAUUUACUUAUUUGUCCUGACUGUUAUAAUGCCCAUUAUAUCUAGGAUUUCAUUCAUUAUAUAUUUUUAUAGGUUAUAAAAUAAAGUUUGCAUUGAGUGAAUUAUAGUUUGAAAACUAAAACAUUGUAAAAUUUGUCUUGCUGAGAAUACAACUUUGUAGUACUCUGUUAGAGCAUUCAAAACCACAACACAAAAGUAUAUAUUUGUGGAAAGUACAUCCUUGGACUAUUUAACUAAUAGCAUUUUGACACUUUUCAUUUAACCAUUUUAUCAUGAUCCCCAAACUAAAUGUUGUUUUUCUUGUGUGUGUGUGUGUGUGUUUCCCUUCAGAUUAGAGGCAGUGCAUAGCAACUGGGAUAUUCUCUAAUCUGGAACAGAAAAGGCAGGCAGAUACCUAAAUUGUAAACUGUUAGACUCCUCCCCAUAAUCUCCUUCUUUUAGGUAUAAUUUAGCUGUUAGCAAAUCCCCAGUUCUUUACCUGCUUUAAGCAGGAAAAUAUUGUAUAGCAGGCACUCACGAUUUUUCUUGAAGGACAUUGUGAGUCAGCUGAGGCCGAGGAGAACUCUUAGGACGCUAAGCGGCUCAGUCUCUCUCCUCUGCAUACUCAGAUGGAACGCACGCCGGGCAUCUGUGUUUCGCCUUUUAUUACUUCCGUUUAAUGCCAAACCGGGUUGUUUUUUCUCAUGAGGAUAGUCUUAACAGGCUUAUCUAGGAAGUACAAAGCCUUAUGAAAAAUGAGGAGUCCACUAAACACAAAGAAACUGGUAAAAGCAGGAAACCUAAGGCAUUUCCAAUGCACCCUAAUUUGAGAGAUCUUUUGCUUAGAGAAUGGAAGUAUCAAUCUAAACAUUUUAAAACCAUCUUCUCAUUAAGGAAGACUGACAAGAAAUUGAAGGGAUUGCCUAAGUUCGAUGUACCUGUUGUGCAACUGGGGAAGAAAACCACCCUACCUAUUGGUGAUUCUAGUGGUCUCCAGGAUUCCAUGGAUAAGAAAGCAGAAUCUUCAUUGUGAAAACUGGUUUUAACUACGACGGCACAGAGUAAAGCCCUUAUUGGAGGAACAUCAGUGGCUAAUGCACAACGUUUCUGGCUUGACUCACUAAAAAAAAGAUUUAUUAGAUGAACUGAAACUGUUCAUUGUCAAGAAGUUGUUUCGCAUGAAGACCAUACUUUCUGCCACUCACAUUAUUCAAACAGGUUUCUAGCUGAGUUCACUCAAUAAAGGAUGCUUAUCUGCACAUCCAAAGCAGAAGAUUUCAAUAAAAAAAAAAAUCUGACAGAAGAAAACAAAACAAGUCAGCUCUAUUAUGGCUGUAACGGAUCACCUUGCACUCCCGACUGGGUACCUCCGCCAAAGGACCGCUUCUUAGUUGGACCAGGGGACAAACCAUAGCACUUCUUGCCCUCAGUCGCCGUAGCUUGACUGGGGCCCUGGAAUCGCCACUUCCCUCCUGGAGCUGAAGGGGAAAUUAGCUCUGACACCUCCAGGCACUGAACGACUCAGUUCUGGGAACUCUGGAACCAGAUGGGGAAUUAGCUCUAGUUACAACUUUCCUCGUUGACUCUCCUGCAAGCUGGAACAGCAGACACAGGAGCAAAUCUCCUUUCCCUCCAAUAACUGGACGACACUCAGUUUUGGAAUGUAAGCAGGAAUCUGUUUAAUGGGACACACUGGCCUUUUAUACAAUUUUCCCACCAAGGUUGACACCCAGGUGGACCUUGUGGGGCACAGGACACAAAACAUGCAAGCCAAUAAAAAACAGUGUAACAAUGAAUGACACUCCCACAUACAUUACACAAUCCUUCCUCUCUGCCUGCGAUACAAUUAAGGUAUAUAAUACAAUAACCUAAUUAUCCACAGGCAGAAAAAACACACAUUUUCCCCAAAGUACAGAAAACAACCCAAAACAUAACAUAUCCCCAUUGUAUUACAUCGCCUGAUAGCCCUGAUCUAGGUGAACAACAUAUCCAAAAAUCACCAGAUCAGAGCAGGGGUUCAGGAAAUUCUCGUUUGACCGACCGCACGCAUAAUUUCAUGCCCAAAACAGUUCCAGAGAAUCAGGGCUUGCGGCCGGUCUAGUUUGGUAGUUUGCAAACGAACAAACUACCGAACGGAGUCAAUAGUCUUACACUGUAGCUUGUUCCCUUCAUCCAGACGAAUGAUCUCACCGAACAGUGCCCUUUUAAGCUGAAUAAGAACGAAUGCAGGCGAUGAUGGAAGUUCAGCGGUUCUGUAUCCGACUUCAGUUCCAUGAGAUUCAUGCCCAAACACCGGUGCCUGCAUUUAUGCAAACAAGAUGGCUGCCAGCUCGUGGUUGUUCAUAGAAAUCGCGGCCACCCAGGCGAACAAUCAGAACACUGCGGUAAGAAACGUUCCAUGUUGUUAAUAGGUGUUAACAAGCUCCAGAGUGGUCUCUGUUUGUACGGUUGUUCGGUAAACGAACCAUAUAGUCCCAAUUGCACAAACAGAGCUUGUUUAAAGUAUAUUAACCAGUUCUAUUGCAGGGGCCAUAGUCACAGGGUAAAAGGCUGGCAAGUAGUCCCCUCCAAGAACUCGUGGCAAACUCACUUGAAAACGGGAGUUUGUCACAAUGGCUUUAAAAGCAAAAAAGAUCUGUUUCAUCGGGGAAGCAAUGAGGCUUUUAGGUCUCUUUACAACUGCAAUUUCAGCAGUAAGCAGGGCAAAGACAAGGAUGAGACCUUUACAGGAAAAAAAAUUUAAAUCGUGGGACAAGUCUAGACCAGAUGAAACUCGAGUCUUCAGUUCCAUUCACAGGGGUCUUUCAUAUGAAACAUUUUCUGCUAGUCACCACAGUUGCUUCAGACUUGGCUGGGGAGUUCAUCUGGGAACACAUGUGCAAGAGAAAAAUGGAGGCCUCGAGAUUCAAGAAAAUCAUCCACGUAUAAGAGGCUAAAAGCCCUUCUGUCAUUCAGGCUACAUCUCCAGGGACAUCGUGUGCAGAUAAGAAAGGAUAAUUCAAUAGCAUUCGCAUGUGUGAACCGACAUGGCGGGGCUCGUUCUCAUCCCCUGGAAAAGUUAUGCUGCAAAAUAAUGCUCUGGUAAGUAGUCACCUGCUCUCAAUAUCUUCCAUCCACAUAAAAGGAGAAAACAAUACAAUACGUUAGUCGACGCACUCAGCUGGAACCAUCUGAAACAAGGGGAAUGGUCUUUUUAGCAUCACAUAUUUAGAGAAAUAGUGGCAAAAUUAGGAACACCAGAUAUGGCUUCAAAAGCAAACAGGAAAAUGAACAGAUUUGCUUCUCUCAAUUCACAGAUUUACUAGAUGCACUAGCGAUUCCAUGGAAUUUUUAACUGGCAUAUCUUUAACCCCAGUUGUUCUGAUUCCUCAAAUAUUACAUAAAAUCUUAUUGGACAAAGCAAGAGCAAUUCUUCCAUUUUGGCCUCUGAGAAAUUGGUUCUCCAUUCUUCUGAAUAUAUCCAAAAAUGCCUAUUGGCAGUUUCCAAUUACAGUAGAGAUUUUAGAACAUGACCUGGUCCUUCUGCAGACUCUCCACACAUUCAAACUAAUGUAUGGUAUCUGAAUGCAGGAUCCUGAGUGCUAAAGGUCUGCCUCUGGAAGUCAUAGACAUCUUAGUAGCUGUUAAGAAAGAUUCCACCUCUACAGCCUACUCUGGAAAUCUGGAAGAAAUUCUGCUUCUAGUCUUUUUUUAAGGCAUCGAUUCCUAGUACCCUAAAAUUUCUACAGUAAGGAUUUUCGAUGGUCUAUGCCCAGCAUCUCUAAAAGUACAAGUAACUGCAAUAAGCUUUUUACACUUAGAGACUUAGCCUCAGAGCCCCUGGUAUCCAGAUUUUCUAAGCAGUGUCCCAUCUUCUUCCUACAAUCAGGGAACGUGUUCCUCCGUGGGAUCCCAAUUUGGUCCUUUCAACUUUUGUGAAGCCCCACAUUGAGCCUUUGGAAAGGGGGUGGGGCCCUGCGUCUCUAUAUCUCGUGAUCUCCCAUUAUCCGCCCCAGCUCCUCUCCCAGGCCCCUGGUGGGCUGGCGCGCCCCGCCCCCGGUCGGUCAUGUAGAUGAUCCAAGGGGUCCACAGUUGGGUGCAGCGCUCCUGAGUCCCCCGUAGCUCAGCCAUGAGGGUCUCCAUCGUGUAUGUUUCGUCCACCUUAUAUAUCCAUUGUGAUAUCGUGGGAACGUCUGUCAACUUCCAUCUGGCAGGGAUCAGACUCUUGGCGGCAUUGAGGAAGUGCCUAAUUAGAGAUUUUUUUGUAGCGUGGUACCGGCAUCUGCGUAUGGUUGAGCAACAUAGGCAUGGGUUCCAUGGGGAUAUCUUCGUCUAGGAUUUCCAUGAGUUUGUCAUGGAUCUGUUGCCAGUAGCCUGUGAUCCGAGGGCAUGCCCACCAGACGUGCAGGUCUGUUCCCUCAGCGGCUUUGCAUCGCCAGCAUGUGCCGUCGGAUGUCAGCCCCAUGGACCUCAGUUUGGACGGGGUCCUGUACCAGCAGGUCAAGACUUUGUAGUUAAGUUCUCGCAUUUUGGUACUUAGUAUCCCUUGGUGCGCUAGAAUGUGUAUCUUCUCCCAUUGCUGGUCCGUCAGGACGACCCCCGUAGCCUGUUCCCACUUGGAGUGAAAAUGUGCCGGCGCCCCUUGGUCAGCCGCCAAGAGCAUUGCAUAGAGUGUCGAUAUUCCACGGGUCAAAUGUUCUCCGCUGGAGCAGAAAGUCUCGAAUUGCGUGGGGUCUCUGUGCAGUAACUGUUUCCCUUGGAGAGUGGCGUAGUAAUGCUUAACUUGGUGGUAUCGGAAUUGGAGUAGGCCUGUGGGCCUGGUUUGUGCUGUCAAAGCAGUGUAUGUUUUCAUUUCUGUCCUGGUACACCACGCCCAGAGGCACUGGGCCUCCCUCCCUCCAAAACCUUCCACGUCCCGCAUUCGCAGUCUGUCAGCCAGGUCGGGGUUGUGUAUUACCGGUGUCAUGGGCGCGGGGUAGGUCGUGAGCUGCAACUUGUAGCGGAUGGUCGACCAUAUCCUCAGUGUCGCCCCAAUAAAGGGGUGGUUCCUGAGGUCCUGGUCUCGCAUCGGGGCCCGCGUCCAUACCACCAGCGGGAUCCGUCCCCUCGCCCACGUCCGUUCCAGCUGAACCCAUUGUUUGUGCGUGUCCGACACAUGCCAAUCGAUGACGCGGGAGAGAUGGGAGGCCUGGUAGUAUCCCUGUAUAGAUGGUAGUCCCGUGCCUCCACGGUGCUUCGGAAGGAUAAGCUGCGCCCUCCUCACUCUCGGUGGGCCCGACGACCAUACAAAUUUCAGUAUCGCGGAGCCCAGGGACCUGAAGAAGGCUUGUGGGAGAAGUCUGGAACAGAUACAGCAAGCGUGGUAGCAAGUUCAUCUUCACUGCAUUUAUCCGUCCAAACCAUGAUACACAGAGCUUCCCCCAGCGCGUCAAGUCCAUUUGAAGUGUGCGGAGGAUGGGGAGAAAUUCUCCUGGUAGAGCCGAUUCAGGUCCUUUGUCAGCCAGAUCCCUAGGUAUUUUAGUCGUUGUGGGCACCACCGAAAGGGGAAGCGAGCCUCCAGUUGUUCCACCUGCCUGUGUGUCAGAGAUAUGGGGAGAGCUUCCGACUUUGUCGCGUUAAGUUUCAAGUUUGAGAGUGCUCCAAACGCAUCGAAUGCCGAGAGUAGGUUAGGUAUCGAGACCAGUGGGUUUCCUAUAAAAAAAGAGGAGAUCGUCCGCGUAGGCCGCUACCCUAUGUUCCCGGCCGCCCUGGGUGAUCCCCGUAAUACCCCCAUCCCGUCUGACCGCCUCCAGAAAUGGUUCCAGAGAGAGGGCAAACAGGAGGGGGAACAGGGGGCACCCCUGCCGGGUCCCGUUUUUUAUCUCAAACGUCGGGGAGAGGACUCCGUUGAUCCGGAGCUGGGCCCUCGGGGGUUGCCUUAAUGUUAAACACAUUCUGCAGUGUCCUUUUUGUCACUUUGGCAGGUUGUUUGUCUAUUUCAAAGACAGAAGAAGGGUCUUAUGGCAUCUAAAGGUUCCCUAACGAGAUGGAUUAAGGAAGCAAUUACAGACACUCCUCACUUACCGACCGGUUUCCGUUCCUACAACCAAGUGAAGAGUUAAGGGAUUCUCUGCUCUGGUGUACAUGUCUGUGUUCAGGGAAGAGUUAAGGGAUUCCCCACUCUGGUGCGCAUGUCUGUGUUCAGGGACAUUUCCCCCUUAUAUAGACUAACGCACAAGAGCAGGGAAUCCCUCCAAUCUAUGCUCGGUGAAAUUUCCCCGAACAUAGAUUAGAGGGAUUCCCUGCUCUGUUGCGUUCUAUGUUCGGGGAAAUAUCCCCGAACAUAGAAGAACGCAGCAAAGCAGGGAAUCUCACUAAUUCCCACGACAGCUUGCUUUUUCCACCCCGCAAGAGAGCUGGUUGUAAGUGCAAGCCGUCGUAAAACAGGUAGGUCGCAAAACGAGGACCACCUGUAUUUUAUAAGUCUUCUAAUGUUCCUCCUCCUCUUAAAUUGAAGGCGCAUUCCAUAAGGGUGAUUGCUGCAUCAUGGACUUUCAGCAACUCGUUCUCAAAUUUGCAAAGCUGCUACCUCAAUGUCUCCACACCUUUUCAAAGCAUCAUCAGUUAGACAUACAGGCCUCUGAGGAUUCUAUCUUUGGGUGGAAGGUGGUACAGGCCGUGGUAAAAUUAUGUCUUUUUGCCUUUAAGGAAUUGCUUGAUUAUUCCAGUUCUGCACUGCCUCUAAUCUGAAGGGAAAAGCUAAAAUUGUAUUUACCGUUCAUUGUUUUCCCCCAUACGAUUAGAGGCAGUUCACUGAUUUUCCCACCGUAUUUAAUAUAUUGUAGUUUCUUGGCUUGUGUAUUUUCUGGGGUUUUGCUAACAGCAGUUUAAGUUAUAACUAACUGAUUAAAUUUUAGGUGUCUGUCUGUCUUUUUCCAGUCCAGAUUAGAGGAUAUCCCAGUUGUUGUGCACUACCUCUAAUCCUAGGAAAAAUACAUUUAUUGUAAGUAAAAUUUCAUGCUGUGCAGCUGGCAAAGUCCUUCACUGGUCAGAGGAGAAUGCAUGGAGACCUCACCAUGGUCUGAAAAGAAUAGGGUCUAUUUAGAAUAUGUGGGUCUCCCUCAUACUAGAUGUACACUCAGAAUCACCAUGACUGAGCAUUAAACGGCCUUGUGCAGUGCUCACUAUGAGCUCAGCGCAUACCUCUUCUGUCAGUCUGAGGUCACUAAGUGUGGUCCAAGCAGAUAGAGUAGAUGCUCAGGUAUUGAAAGAUACCAGGGGCUUUCUGUAUUAAGAUAAGGGCAUACUCAGAAUUAUUGUGGCUGUGCACAUUUGCUCAACUGCGAUAUUUAAAUAGAUUUAAAGGGUUCUGCAGAUAGCUCAUCUGCAAGUCUGGGGCCACUAAUUGUAGCCCUAACUAACAGAGUGGAUCCUCCGGUAUCCAAGGGUGGCCAAAAUGUAGAUUCCCAUCUGUCAAACUCCCACAAUGCAAUGCCAGAUGCAAAUUUACCAUUUGCCCAUCCUUGCAGGGUUGUAUGUGUGAACAGUGUUUGUGCAUUUGAAAGUAAGCAUGUGUUUGUAUACUGUUGUACUGUUGCCAUUGGAAUGCAGUGGUGUACUUGUGUGUUGAGUUAUAUUUGAAUGCAGGGGUGUGUUUGUAUGUGCUGUUGGCUUUUAAAUCAAGGUGUACUUUUGUGUGUAGUGUUGAUGUUUGAAUGAAGGAGUGCUUGUAUAAAAUUUUAGCAUUUUUUUUUUUUUUGAAUAUUUAAUCUUUAUUUUAAAUUUUUUUCUUUUACAUCUCAUUAAAUACAAAUAUCAUACAAAUACAAAUAUCAUACAAAUAUACAUUUGUAAUACAAACAAACAACACAGCAGCAAAAUAGGGGAGGGAGAAGAAAAAUACAUCAGAAAGACUUCCAUAAUACAGUGGUAAUAUCAUUUAGAUAAAUCUCAUAAUUAUUUGCAGUGUUCAUGGAAUUGUUCUACUGUUAAUUGAACGACACUAUUUUAUACAUCAAUCAUCUCAAUACACUUUAACCAAACAGAAAUCUUAUUGCUUAGUCUUUGUUUACUUAGCAUCAGCUCCAUUCUAAUCUGAAACUCGAGUUGAGUUUUAACUUUCUUCCAGGGGACUUCUAAAUCCUUUUUCCACCAUCUCGCAAUUACUAUUUUAGCCGCUAAAAACAGAUGUAUAAGGAUUGCUUUUAAUUCAUAUGUCAUAUGAGGCCAAUUUAGAUGAAGUAGAACUACCUCUGGAGAGAUAAUCAACUCGAGUUUUAAAUUGUUAGAUAUAAAAUGCUGCAUUUUCAACCAGAGAUUUUUUAAUUUAUAGCAAUCCCACCAAAUAUGUCUAAAAUUGCCUCUAAUACUAUUGCAUCUCCAACAGAUAGGAUUUACUAGAGGGUAAAUUUUAUUCAAUUUAGCUGGUAUUAAGUACCACCUAUUUAAAACUUUAAAGUGCGUUUCUAAUAAAUUUAAUGAAUGUAUAUUCUUCUUAACAUCCAUCAUUGAAGAACCCCAUUGAUUCAGAUUUAUAUCGAUAUUCAAGUCUUGUUUCCAAGCCUGUAUGGCAGUAGGAUUUGUGUCUUCAGCUAUUGAUUUAAUUAGUAUUAGAGCUUUAGAAAGUGGUUUAUUAACUUUUUUUGAUGUAAAUAAUAAAUCUAUCGAAUUGCUUAAAUUAGAUUUUGGUAUUAUUAGAUGUGUAUUUAUAUAGCUUUUAAGUCUUAAAAAAUUAAACACCUCUCUAGGAGGGAGAUUGUGUAUCUCUGUUAUUUGAGCAAAGGUUUUAAUUAAUCCUUCUGUCAAUAAUUGGUCCAGAGUCGUUAUCCCUACUUUUUUCCAAUUAUUUAAGUUUAAGUCUUCCACUUGUUUUUCUACAAUAUCUAACUCUAAAUAACUUGGAACUUUUUUUUCUAUAUUCAUUACUUUUUUAAUUUUUAACCAAUUUUCCAGUAAUUGAGUUAGAAUAAUACUGGCAUAUUCUUUUUUCUUUGGCAUUUUAUUUAUAUUCCAGAUUAAACAAUCUAAGCUAGAAACUUCUCCUGCCUUCAAUUCCAUUUUAUACCAUCCCUCAUCUUUAUUUUCUUUCAUUUGCAUUCUAUAGACAUGUAGGGUAAUAGCUGCUUUAAAGUUAUUCAUUAUGAGUGGAUAAUCAAGUCCACCUUUAUAUAUUUUCUGCGCUAAUAUUGACUGUUUCAAUCUCGGCUUCUUGCCUUUCCAGAUGUAUUGAGUAAAACUUCUUUGUAUUAAUUGAAGCCAAUGGAUUGGGAUAUGUAGAGGUAACAUUUGAAACAUAUAAUUCCACUUUGGUAUAACAUAUGAAUUGAUAACAUUUAUUCGCCCCAAAAAAGUAAUCUCUAGGUUUCUGCGAUCUUUUAACCAUUUAUUGAGAUCUAAUAAUAAUGUUAGGAAAUUUACUUCCAUAAUCUUAUUUGUCUCUCUGGUUAUUUUAAUUCCUAAGUAAUCCAUACUUUCUUUAACCCAAAUAAAAUCAUAUUUGUUUUUAAUCUCUCGUUGUAUUCUUUUAUUUAGGUUAACAUCUAGUAUCAAGGAUUUAUUUAUAUUUAACUUAUAGUUUGAUAUGAAGCUAUAUCGCUCUAUUUCUUGCAUUAUGCGUUCCAAAGAAUUUUUAGGGUUUGUAAGAGUAAUUAAAAUGUCAUCAGCAUAUAAGCUAAUUUUUUGAUCCUCAUCCAUUAUUUUAUAACCAUGGAUCUCUUUAUUAUUCCUAAUAUUCUCAGCCAAUGGCUCAAUAGUCAACAAGUAGAGCAAUGGUGAGAGGGGACAACCCUGUCGGGUACCAUUUCUAAGUUGGAACCAUGGGGCGACUAUAUUAGGUCCAAUAGUUCGUGCAACAGGAUUUACAUAUAGUGCCAUUAUAGCUUUCUUAAUCCAACCUUCCAAUCCAUAAUGUUGUAAAACGGCUUCUAAAUAUUUCCAGCUGACUCUGUCGAAUGCUUUUCCAGCAUCAAUCGACAGAGUCAGAACUGGAACAUCAUAUCUAUUUGCAUCAUCCAAGAUAUUAAUAAUUUUCCUUAUACUUGUAUAGGAAUUUCUACCUGGAACAUAUCCUAUUUGAUCUUUAUGGAUGAUUAGUGGAAGAAGUUUUUUUAUUCUAGCAGCCAAAACCGAAGCGUAUAACUUAGUGUCAACAUCUAUUAAAGAUAUCGGACGGUAGUUUUUGAUAUCAGUGGGGUUUUUAUCAUUUUUUAGAAUAGGCAAGAUAUUAGCUUUUAGCAUCUCUGCUGGUAAAAAUCCUCUGUUUGCCGCUAUGUUAAAAGCAGAGGUCAAAUGUGGACAUAUUAAAUCUUUAAAUGUUUUAUAAAAUAGGUUGCUAAACCCAUCCGGGCCUGGUGUUUUAGAUUUUUCUAAAUCAUUUAUUGCUUUCAUAGUCUCCUCCAUAGUUAUAGGUUUAUUUAAGAAAUCAUUUUCAAUAGAAGUUAAUUGAGGCUUCUUUAUAUUAUUUAAAUAGUUUUUAAUAUCCUCAUCUGUAUUAAUCUGAGGAAUAUUGUAUAGAUUGGAAUAAUAUUCAUUAAAACACUUUCCAAUCUCUCUGGGGGUUAGUGCUAUUUUUCCAUUCUGUAUUAUUUUGUCUACCUUAUUUUGUACUUUUUGUUUUCUAAGUUUUUGGGAUAGCAUCUUUUCAGCUCGAUUGCCUUUGGAAUAAUAUUUAAAUUUUAGUCUAACCAUAUUUUUAGCUAUCGUGUCCAUUAAUUUUUGCUUUAUUUUUUCUUUAAGUUCUAAUAUUUUUUCAUAAAUUUCAGAAGAUGGAGAUUGUUUAUUGAUAUUAGUCAAAUCUCUUAAUUUUGUAUGUAAAAAUGCCAAAGUAUUAUUUUUAUCAAGUUGGCUUUGUAACUUGAUAAUAUGACCUCUUAUAACGGCCUUAAAGGCACACCACAAAAUAGAUGAAUCAAUAUUUUCUGAGAUAUUUUCUUUAAAAUAAUUUUUUAUAUUAUCUCUUAUAUGAGUUUUUUUUGAUUCACAACAAAGCAAAUUAUCUCUUAACCGCCAAGUAUAAGCUUCUCUUUUAAAUGUACUAAAAAUCAUUUCACAAAAAACUCCAUCAUGAUCUGUCCAUACUAUCUCGUCAAUCUUUGUUUUUUUGGUCAUAUCAAUAAUACUUGGGUCGACCCAAAUCAUGUCUAAUCUUGAAUAGGAAAAAUGCACUUUAGAAAAAUGCGUAUAGUCUCUCUCAUUAGGAUUAAAAAUUCUCCAAAUAUCAAAUAGAUUAUAUUCAUCUUUAAUUUUUUUUAAGGCUUUUGCUUGUUUUAUAACCAUCUGAUUUAAAAUAUUUCCUUUCAUUAAUUUUUUAUCUAUCUGAGGGUCUAGUACAGCAUUGAAAUCCCCCGCCACUAUUAACUUUCCCACUUUAACUUCAUCUACUUUUUCCAGAAUUGUUUUUAAAUAAGCAACUGGUAAAUGAUUAGGAAGAUAUAUAUUACAUAAUGUAAAAAGUAUAGAGUCAAUUUUGCAUAUUAUUAUUAAAUACCUGCCUUUAGUGUCUUGUAUUUGAUGAAUUACUUCAACUUUAAUCUUUUCUCCAAAUACCACAGCUACUCCACAUUUUUUUUUUCCUUAUUGGAAGCUUGAAUUAUAAGUGGAAAUCUUUUACCCCCCCAAUUUUGUUUAUCCACUUGUCUCCAGUGAGUUUCUUGUAGGAAUAUUAAAUUCAAUUGUUUUUCACUGAGGUAUUUGUACAAUAGAUUUCUUUUCGCUAUAGUAUUCAAUCCCUGAACAUUAAGUGUAAGCAUUUUUAUCAUAUUAUUUUCAAAAACCUCCCUGCAUCCCUUUCCACUCGAUAACCAUUGCCCUUCCCUAUUGCUGCAUAAACAUAUCUACACAAACACAUAGAACAAAAUAUUAAAAUCAUAGGAGGAAAUCCUCCUUUUUUAUCACAAAGACUGUAAAUUUUCAUAUAGAAAUUCAGUCUUUACUGUGUCUUUAAAUUAGACACUAAGUGGGCGUAUCCAGAAAGAGGUAGUAAUAUUUACAAGUUUGCAAUCUCUCUCCAAGAGGGAGAGAGAGAGAAGAAAAAAAAAAAAAAUUUUCUUCCAUUAUUUUAUACUUAAAUCAGUUACUCUGUGAUUCUUUACUUUAAAUAAAUCUAUUUCCACUUAACUUACUAAUACAUGUGAAUAAUUUUCUUUUAACCACCUCGUUAAGUUCAAAUCUAAUUAAUAUCAAUACUUAGACAUAUUUGCUUUUAAAUCCUUAUGUUCCAAGUGCUUGUGUGCAUAUACUUAAUUCUCAAUUGACUAGUAGCUUUAAAAUGAAAACAAGCCCCAUUAACAUCAACAAAUUAGCAAAUUGUGCAAAGCACAAUUAAGUAAUUCUAUAUGAGUGGAGAGAAAAAAAAUAAAAAAAAAAAAAAAAAAAUUCUUCCAUUAUUUUAUACUUAGAUCAGUUACUCUGUGAUUCUUUACUUUAAAUAAAUCUAUUUCUACUUAACUUACUAAUACAUGUGAAUAACUUUCUUUUAACCACCUCGUUGAGUUCAAAUCUAAUUGAUAUCAAUACUUAGACAUAUUUGCUUUUAAAUCCUUAUGUUCCAAAUGCUUGUGUGCAUAUACUUAAUUCUCAAUUGACUAGUAGCUUUAAAGUGAAAACAAGCCCCAAUAACAUCAACAAAUUAGCAAAUUGUGCAAAGCACAAUUAAGUGAUUCUAUAUGAGUGAAAAAAAAAAAAAAAAGUUAAUUUUCUUCCUCUUUCAUUCCUUCCUCUCUCCCUCCUCUCUCUUCUCCUCUCUUCUCUCUUCCUUCCAUCUUCCUCUCCGCCGCAACAGACCCUUCAAGCUUUUUUAUUAAUACUUGAUAACCAACUAUUUGCUUCAUUUGCAUCCAAAAAAAUUUUUCUUUCUUGUUUCCAAGUAAAUCUUAAAGAUGUUGGAUAGGCCCAUUGAAACCUGAUCUCUGCUUUUCUUAAAAAAUCCGUCACGAUAGAGAAAGAUUUCCUCCAAGUCCUGGUAUGAUAAGAUAAGUCUUGCAAAAAAAAUUAUGUCUUUGUAAAUAGAAUUUGUUCGGGGUUUGGUACGGCAGGCUUUCAUUAAAUUGUUUCUCAAUGAUAAUGAGGAAAAACUCACUAUUACAUCUCUUGGGAGAUGUGGAGCCGUUGUAUCUGGUUUAUGUAUCCGGUGAAAAUUUUCUAUUUUAUAUUCAUCUGUAGGUAUUUCUGGUAAAACUUCUUCAAAUAAAUUGUUUAAAUAUUCUCUCAAUUUUUCAUUGGAGAUUUCUUCAGUAACACCUCUUACUCUGAUGUUUCUUUUUCUUGACCUAUCUUCCAAAGCUGCUGUUUUAAUUUCAAGAUUAUCAACUUUGUUUACUAGAAACUGCACCUCCGUAUUAAUUGCUUUAAUUUGCGUUCCAAACACUUCACAUUUUUUUUCAACUUCCACCACUGAUACUGCAACAUUUUUAAUUUCUUGUUUUAUCUCAUUGAAACUUACAAGCAUUUCUUGUUUCAAUAAAUUUAAUUGUAGUUCCAGCGUUUGCUUAAAUUGAUCUUGGAUACUAAUUGAAGCAAUUGCUUGAGCUUCUGAUGGAAAUUGAUUGAGUGCAACUUCUUGGAUAAUAUUGGAAGUAUUACUUGGGUGUGUCUUACUAUCAAUUAUCUGUUCCUGCGGAUCUUUAAUAGGAUCUUUAAUAGGAGUUGCAAAAAAACCUGACAACCUCUUUAAAUUUUAGCAUUUUUAACACAGGAGUGUGUUUGUAUGUAAUGGUUGUGUUUGAUUGCACCAGUGUGUUUUUAUGUAGUGUUAGCUUUUAAAUUGCAAAACUACUAACUUCUUUUAGAUCCAAAUAUAUCUUAGCAUUUCCCAGAGAUUCCAUCUCAUAUCUUGCAUUCAUCUUUCAUUUACAGGUCUCCAUACUGUAGACAUGCUUUCUGUAUGGAACUUCCUGAAGCGGCAUAAGAAGAAGUUUAUCUUUGUUGGUGCAUUUGCUGGUGGUAAGUUAUGUGUCUUGCUGAUGUCAUCCCUUUCAAACUUAUGUCUCUAGAUUCCAAAUUCUACUACUUUUAUAGGUAUACUGCACUGAUCAUAGCUUCAGUGUUCGUCACUAUGUAUUCUCAUAAGUUCAGACAGUAAGAAAAUAGUAGAUUCAUUUUAGCAGCUGAGAGAGAAAGAUCACACUGCCCAGAGUGCUCAUUCUGUGCUGUGGGGAAGUCCAUCUGCUGAUAACAGCAAUGGCAUAUGUUGGGGGAAUACCUCUGCCAACAGCAGAAAUCUACAGUUAGUUGUAGAACAUGUGUUUAGGACUAGGGUUAAGAAUGGGUUAGGAUUAUAGGACUAGUGUUUAUUUUUUUAAGGUUAGAGAGAUAUAGGAUUGUGUAUAUAUAAUAUUAAAAGAAAAUGGUAAUAAAAACUAUGCCUACUACUGGUCAUGAAGAGUUUAAAAUAUUUGUUUCCCCCCUCCCUCCAUGUUCAAGAGACUGCAAAUUAUAUGAAAAGAGAGUUGCUUUCUCUGUUUAAAUGUUUAUGUAACUGCAUUAAUAGUAAGUAAUAACAUUUUACUAUUACUUUUUUAUUCAGGUGUUUAUCUUCUUGGAAAGUAUGCACAGAAGAAAAUCCGAGAAAUACAAGAAAGAGAAGCCGCAGAAUACAUUGCUCAGGCACGAAGACAAUAUCAUUUUGAGAGCAACCAAAGGACAUGCAACAUGACAGGUUAAUAUGAUAUAUGAAAGGAUUUGUUCAUGCAAUAUGGAAAUGGAAUAAAGAAUAAGAUGUUUAUUACAUCAGUCGACUUUAGGAGGGUAGACCCAGUAGUGAGGAGAUUAAGUCAUGACAAAACAAUUUUUGUAAUUUGAUAUUACUUGAGGGAUUAUUUUAACUUCUUUAUGAAGCAUACUGAACUCAAAGAAUGGGUUUCUGCCAGCAAGAAAAAUAGCUGUGAUUGGGAGUAGUAGCUUCAUUCAUAGAAAAUAAUGAAUCUACUCAAUAUCACAUGUAUUUCUCAGGUGCCUGGUGUGCCACUCUAGAGAGGAUUGAAAAAAAAAUGUAAUUUGUGUUAUUAUUGCUGAGAUUAAGGUUUCACAUCAUAUUCAAAUAAUACAAUAUGGUCUCCCUUUUUGGUAGUGCAUUGUGGAGUCAGUGGUCAGAAAAGACACUUUAAAGAUUUAUUCGUGUGCUAUAGGAAUUUCAAGGUAGAUGUGACUUCUGAGCCAGUUUUAGUUCUCCCCAAUAUUGUAAUGGGAAAGCUGUGCAUAUCCCCAUGUGUUUAUGUGAUGUAUGUUUUAGUUGUCAGUGUUUUUUUUUUUUUCUUUUAUGAAACAAAAUAGUCAUUAAGCUAAUAGCAGCCUGUGCAACUAGCUUUCUUUUUGUAUUUGCAUUAAUUUAGUUUUACUCUGCCAUGUGUUCCUGCUGCUUAGCUGUCUUAAAAGUGCAUAGUACUUCGUACUGCCAAAGAGCAAGAGAGUGUGGAUAUAUAGGCCCAUUGCCUGAAUUGUUGUAGUUCUCAUGAAUAGCAUAAAGGGGGACAUUGCUGAGGUUAGGUACCUACAGUGAGGAAAAAAAAAAAGUAUUUGAUCCCCUGCCGAUUUUGAACAUUUGCCCACUGACAAAAAAAAUAAAAAAAAAUGAUCAGUCUAUAAUUUUAAUGGUAGGUGUAUUUUAACAGUGAUAGACAGAAUAACAAAAAUAAAAAUCCAGAAAAACGCAUGUCAAAAAAGUUAUAAAUUGAUUUGCAUGUCAAUUAGUGAAAUAAAUAUUUAAUCCCUUAUCAAUCAGCAAGAUGUCUAGCUCCCAGGUGUCUUUUAUACAGGUAACGAGCUGAGCACCUAAAGGGAGUGCUCCUAAUCUCGGCUCGUUACCUAUAUAAAAAACACCUGUCCACAGAAGCAAUCAAUCAGAUUCCAAAUUCUCCUGUCCAAGGAAGUCAGGGACAAGAUUGAAAACCUACACAUAGCUGAAAUGGGCUACAAGACUAUCGCCAAGCAGCUUGGUGAGAAGGUGACAACAGUUGGUGCGAUUAUUCGCAAAUGGAAGAAACACAAAAUAACUGUCAGUCUCUCUCGGUCUGGUGCUCCAUGUAAGAUCUCACCUCAUGGAGUUUCAAUGAUCAUGAGAACGGUGAGGAAUCAGCCCAGAACUACACAGGAAAUAUAAAGCAAUUAUAAAUACAAAGGCUUUAAAAAUAGAACACAUUGGUUUUUCCACAAGAGUUAAUUUAAGUAGAUUUAUAAUCAAACUGAUUAAUCCAAAAGGGUAAAUGGAAAAGUGAAAGCGAAAGGGAAGAAAGAGAGGAGGAAAAGGAAAGCGAAAAUGGAAUUGAAAGAAGGGUAAUCCAAUCAUCCUUGAAAUUUGAAACUCACAUUUAAAAAUGGAUUAUAGACUUCAUAUAAAAUUCACAAUUAGAACAUAUUUAUUUAAACUUUCAAAUCACCGUCUCCCUUUUGUAAUACGGUUAUGUUCUAAUCUAUCCUCCUUCUGAGCAUAUAUGUAUAUGUUGGUGAUCUCCUGUUUGACUCCCCCUAAAACUAUACGAUUACGCACCCCCAAGAGAGUCUUCCUUGUUAAGGGUCACAAGACCGUUGUUUCCAUUAUAAUGCAUUUUUUUAGAAUGAGGGUUAAUGCAUUUGCCAAGGCCUCUGGGGAAUAUAGAGACUUGGCGGUUUAUGUGAUGUUUUUUGUUGUUUGUCAUGUUUAGUAAAAGUUUAUUGUUCAGCCAUAUAUAGAUGCGUACAUAAAGCGGUCGGAGGAGAGAGAUGGGAGGGAAUUAUAGGCUUAAUGGUUAAAUUUUAUCAUUGAACAUUCAGCGAUUGAAUUCCCCAACAAAAGGUCACUGAUUAGAAAUGUACUUCGUAUAGAGAAAAUAGAUUUGCAUGAUCCAAGAGACGCACUGGUUAACAAAAGAUCUUGAAAAAAUUAAAUUUCAGGGCUAUACGAUAUUAGCAAAUUCCUCAUUGACUGAUGAAAAAAAAGAGGGACCUCUAAUUUAGUUAGUAAUGCAUUAACAGUGGAAACCUUAUACCAAUAAAAUGAUUUAGAAGCUAGAUAUAAUAUUAUGAUAUGUAGAAUAAAUCAACAAACAUUGACCCUGAUAAAUGUCUAUGCCCCUUCUAAAGAACAGGUAAAAUACCUUGAACAAAAUGAUAGAUACGGUAGAUAUAUUUAGAAAAGGACCGGUUAUCUGGGCUGGAGACUUCAAUACGGUAAUAGAACCUUGUAUAGUUCUGUAUUGUCUCGAGAGGUAAUCAGACAAGCCCAAAAUUUCAAGAAAGUUGUUAAGUAAAAUGGCCUCCAUGAUGUAUGGCGCAUCUUCCAUCCUGAUAAAUGUGAUUUUACCUACUGGUCAAGAGCACACAAUUCUUAUUCUCUGAUAGAGAUCUAGUCUCGUGUGAAACAAUACUUUUACAAGAUCAACAAGAUAGGCAUUAUUGAAGUAACAUGGUCUGACCAUAAUGCUAUCUUCUGGAACUUAAAGGAUGGGAUGGAGGAGAAACCUCGUACAUCAUGGAGUCUUAAUGAUACUCUUAAAUUCUGAAGAAAAUUGCAAAUAUUUAAAAGAAAUAACAAAGGUUUGUUUUUUUUACAAAAAAAUAUAACCCCAGAAAUCUCAUUUGAAAAAAUAUGGUGCACAUGUAAAUGUGUUGUUAGAGGGCAUCUGAUUAAAAUAGGUACUAGAAUCAAACAAGAACAGGACCAAACCUUAGCAGACCUAUAUAUAGCACUCUCAAAUGUGAGACAAAUAAAAAGAAUCCUACUGAAUUAUCAUCCUGUAAAAUCGGCAGCCUUAGAGAAAAAAUAAAUCAAAGAUUGUUGGACAAUAUAAAGUCCAAUCUAAAGAAGAUUAAUCAGAUCUACUACUCUAAAAGAAAUAGGGCAGACAAAAUUUUGACGGCUAAGUUAAAAAAAACAGACAGCUAAACAAAGAAUAUAUAAAAUCUCCAACAAAGAUGAAACCAUAUAUUCUCCCCAGAAGAUCGGAGAAGCCUUUGGAUCCUUCUAUGAGGCAAUGUACAAUUUAAAAACCCCUAAUACAGAUCUAGAGAUUCAAAAAUAUUUUGAAAAAUGUGGGUUACCAUCUAUCACAGAAGAUCAGAUUAGAGAUUUGAAUAAACCGAAAACAGAAGAUGAGGUUGGACUAGAAAUAGAUAAAAUAAACAAAAAUAAAGUUCCUGGGCCAGACGUAUUCUCGGGAUCCUUUUAUAAAAUAAUGAAAGCUGAUUUAGGCAAAUAUAGUAAACUAUUUAAUGGUUUCACAGAAAAAGGUGAAAUAAUUCCAGAACUACUCAAGGCAAAUAUUAUACCAAUUUUAAAAUAUUUUCAGCCAUCAUAUCUGAUAGAUUAAAACCUAUAAUUCCUUCUCUAAUCCAUAUUAAACAAGCAGGCUUUGUUAAAGGGAGAUAUCCCUUAGACCAGGGCUUCCCAAACUUUUAUGGGCCGAGACCCACUUUUCAAAAUGGUAAUUUUUCAAGACCUACUUGCUUUUAAUGCGUAUUUUAAAAAGUGAACACCAUGGCAAUCAGCUUCAGAGGCGUACUAUUGGCAUUCCAUGGCAAUCAGCUUUACAGGCAUACAAUUGGAACAUUAUGGCAGCGUUAGAUGCAUAAAAUUGGCACACUAUAGCAAUCCGCUUUAGAUGCAUACAAUUGGCACACCGUGGCAAUCAGUUUUAGAGGCACAAAAUUGGCACACCAUGGCAAUCCGCUUUAGAUGCAUACAAUUGGCAUACCAUGGCAAUCAGCUUUAGAUGCAUAAAAUUGGUACAUCAUGGCAAUCGGUUUUAGAGGCAUACAAUUGGCAUAUCAUGGCAAUCACUUUUAGAUGCAUAAACUUAGCAUAUCAUGGCAAUAAGCUUCAGAGGCAUACAAUUGGCACACCAUGGAAAUCAGCUUUAAAAGCAUAUAAUUGGCACACCAUGGCAAUCAGCUUUAGGUGCAUAAAAUUGGCAUGACAUGGCAGUUUUAGAGGCAUAAUUUUGAUAUAUCAUGGCAGUUUUAAAGGCAGAAACUUUGCACAUCAUGGCAAUCAGUUUUAGAGACAUACAACUGCUUACUCACACACUCAGAAUCAGAAGUGCUGUUGUCCUGCUCUUUCAUCCAGGCACCUCAGUUGAUUAUCCCAGUGGUGGAACUAAUGUAGAGAGGACCCUAGUGCAAGUACGUAUCUAGUGAAAGUGUGGCCAAAAGGUAGAUCCCCAUCUAUCGGAGAACUUCAACAAUAAUAUGCCAGAUGGAGAUCUACCAUUUGCACAUCAUUGCAGGGUUAUAUUUGUGAGCAGUGUUUGAAUGUAAGCAUGUUUUUGUAUUAAGUAUAUGUGUGCAUGUAUGGGUGUAUUUGUAUGUACUGUUGCUAUUGGAAUGUAGUGGUGUACUCCCUGUGGGCAAAGAGUUACAGGGGUUACGGGGGGGGUAGGGGGACAACAUGUACAAAUUAAAUGAGUUGUUCUGCAUCCAUGGAGUCUUGCUGUUUAUUAAAAAAAUAUAAUCCUAAAAUAUACAUAUCUAUCAAAAUAUGAAAAAAUGAAAUACUUUUUCCCCCUCACUGUAUGCUAAUAUUUAAAGAACCAGUACUGGCUUCUUUUUCUUUAAAUGAACAGUCAUACUUAAUUUAUAUUGUGUCUGACAGAACAAAUCUAAUGAUAAUUUUCAUGAAUUUCAUUGUAAAUGUGGCAUUUACUCACUGAAUCUUGCUCUGUAAAAUUUUAUGUCAGCAAAGAAUUAAAAGCUGAAUAGAAAUUGCUAGCUACCAGAUACUAUAAGUCUCAUUUCAUUUUAUUGAUGAUUUCUACAUUUUGUAUUUGCUUUCUAUCAGUGUUGUCAAUGCUACCAGCCCUGAAAGAAGCAUUGAUGCAGCAAUUGAACUCUGAGAGCUUAACCAGCCUGCUGAAAAACAGGUAAAUAAACAAACAUGCAUUAUUUGUUAUUGUCACACCCCAUAUGUAAUGAAGUCUCUAAAAAGCUAUAUAUGUUAAAUCCCAAUAUUUAUUUAGCUAGUCAAUUUUACCACUGUUCCAUCUGGCAGAAAAAAAAAAAAAAACCACAAAGGUAUUUUGAUGCAUUAUUGAGAUCGUGAUUGCAUCUCUGUGGCAUGCUCAUGGUGUCAUAGAAAAAACAAUUUACAGUUUAAGGAAAUCUAAAGAGACAUUAACAGUAUUUCCAUCUUUUUGAAGGGUGACUACACUUGCAGUGUUAUUUACUUGGCUUGGACUUGAUCUUUUCUUGUGUAAGCUUUGGAAUAGCUAACUGAACUUUGUUACCCUAAAACAUAUAUAAUGACACUAAAUACAAACAGAAUAAAUGUAUUCUAUCUAAACAGCUUUAUCACAUAAAUAUAUAAAUCUGGUAAAUUACAUUUGAACCAAUAUACAUAUAUCAUUUUCUAAAACCAAAACAAAUUCCUCCAUACUGGAUAUAUUCACUCACACAGCUGUGUUGACAUUAGUAUCCGUUUACAAUGGACUCUCCUCGGAGAUGUGCAUGAAGUGAGACUCUUGCAUUGUCCGUUCAAAUCAAGCACCUAAUGAGUCAGAACUUUUUAUAGAACCUUCGAUUUGACUCUCAUUAAGAGGAGUCUGCAGUCUAUUAAGAAACUAUAGGUCUUUUUUGGAUUUUCUACUCAUUCAGAUCAAUCAAUGCACUACGACCACAACUUAUUAUAGUAGUUGUGAUGCUAGGACGCUACAGUUGCUUUCUCUCCAAUUUUUUAUGUGUUAGAAGGAUUUGGCCAAGCCAGAUUACUAAUAAUCCAUUUGGCACAAUUAAAGGGAUACUAUAGUCACCAAAACAACUUAAUCUUAAAAGACCACUAUAGGCACCCAGACCACUUGAGCUCAAUGAAGUUGUCUGGGUGCCAGGUCCCUCUAGGUUUAACCCUACAGCUGAAAACAUAGCAGUUUCAGAGAAACUGCUAUGUUUACACUGAGGGUUAAGCCACCCUCUAGUGGCUGUCUCACUGACAGCCACUAGAGGCCGCUUCCACGAUUGACUGUGAAAAUCACAGGGAGAAAACGCUGAGUGAUGCUUUCCUAUGGGCGGUUUGAAUGCUCGCGUGGCAGGAGGAGGAGAGGUCACCAGGAACUCAGCGCUGGAGAAAGGUAAGUGGCUGAAGGGGUUUUGACCCCUUCAGCCCAGCGGGAGGGGGGCAAUGAGGUUGGGGAGGGACCUAAGAUAUAACAUAGUGCCAGGAUAACGAGUUUGUUUUCCUGGCACUAUAGUGGUCCUUUAAUGAAGCAGUUUUGUUGUAUAGAAUAUGCCUGUGCAGUCUCACAAAACAAAAAGGUUUCAUUUUUAAUCAAAUGUAACUUAUUUUAAAAGUUUUUCAUCUCAUGUUCUGUAAAUUGAACUUUAAUUAUAUACAACAGGCACCUUAUUUGCAAUUAAGGAAGUUUAAACAUUGACUCUUUACAGCAAGUGUUUAGGAAGGUUGUGUAAGUCACAUGCAGGGAGGUGUGUCUAGGACUGCAUGAACAAAGUGAUUUAACUCCUAAAUGGCAGAUAAUUAAGCAGUGAGACUGCAGAGGCACGAUCCAUACACCAAAACUGCUUUAUUAAAGUAAAGUUGUUUUGGCGAAUAUAGUGUCCCUUUAAUCUGUCAAUGGCUACCUUACACUAACGGAUUUAAUAACUAUUUGGUGCUGCUGAAUAAUGCUAACUAAUAGAUUGAUGCUAAAGGUUUUAUUUUUUAAUAUAAGCUAAAUAAGAAUUAAAAAUAGAAAUACAUGCUAACUCUUGUAGUUAAUAGCAGCAACUCUCCUAAUAGGUUUAAAAGCUUACGAACCUAUAUUGAAUUCAGUCAAAAAUAUAUAACUAAGAAUGUGCUGAGAAACAAAAAAAAAAUCAACUAAACAAUAUUCCAAAAUAAAAAUCCUACACCUAAAAAUCUGUAUAUUACACUUGUACACCGAUGUUAAGUUCCUCUCAGACAUUUCAGGUCUCUUUAAAUAAACAUAUAAAAUACACAGUUAAUAAAAGUCCUUCUUGAUAUUAUGUUAAGUCUUCCUCUUUUUAAAGGCAGAUCAUCACAAUACCGCAUAACCUAAAGAGGAACAUAGUAAAUUAGGUUUAAAAAUAAUCUAAGCUAACUCCCAUUAUUAUAUAAAAUAAAAUAAAGCUCUUACACGUAUACACAUGAGCUAUGUCUCCAACUCCAGACCCCCUGUAAGUAAUUAAUUCAACUUGGACAGGGAAAGCAUGCUGGAGGUUCAGCAUUACAUUGAGACUCUGUCAUGGUUAAAAAAAAGCCAGCACCCCACAAAAUGCGGCAGCUAUAGGCCCAUAUCCCUUAUAAAUCUAGACCUCAAAUUGAUGGCGAAAAUGGUAGCAAACAGGCUUAAACCUUUACUGCCGAAUCUGGUCCAUUCAGACCAGGCCGGUUUUGUGCCGGGACGUGAAGCCAGGGACAAUACCACAAAAAUCUUAAAUGUUAUUCAUGGAGCAACUAUCAAUAGAACACCAACACUUUUAAUGGCAAUAGACGCUGAGAAAGCCUUUGAUAGGGUAGACUGGUCCUACCAGUUCACAGUCCUGGAAGUCUUGGGAAUUGGCCCAAGACUUAUGAACUGGAUACAGACUCUAUACAGAGGUCCCUCGGCCAAUGUCAGAGUAAACGGCCAACUGUCUACACCCUUCCACAUUACAAAUGGCACACGCCAAGGUUGCCCACUAUCUCCCCUAUUAUUUGUCCUAGCCAUGGAACCAUUCCUAACAGCGAUUCGGUCUAGUACUGACAUACACGGAUUCCGGUACCAUGGAGGCGAAGUGAAAGUCUCUGCAUUUGCGGACGACGUUCUGUUUACACUCACGGAUCCCAUAAAAACCCUACAUCACAUAAAGUCGGAGAUUCAAGUCUUCGGAUCGCUCUCAAAUUUUAAAAUCAACGCGGAUAAGUGCGAGAUCCUAGGAAUCUCGGUACCCGUGGCACUGCAAACUACGCUUCAACAAAUGCACACUUUCCCUUGGACACGGACAGGACUGACAUAUUUGGGGGUUCGACUUACCACUACCAUCAUGGAACCUUACAACAUCAAUUACCCUCCCCUCAUAGAGGAUAUUAAACAAGAUCUGCAUAGAUGGAUAUACCCCAUAUCUUCCUAAUGGGCAGGAUCAGUGUCUUAAAAAUGAUGGUCCUGCCAAAAAUACUGUAUAUGCUUCAGGCCCUGCCUAUUCCACUACCAGGGACAUUUUUUAAACGAAUGAGGACUAUCUUCAUUAAAUAUAUAUGGGGAGACAAACCGGCAAGACUUGCCUUUACCACACUGACGUCCACCACAGACAGGUGGGGUUUGGGAUUACCUCACAUAUAUAAAUACUAUGUAGCAGACUUACUCACCAGACUAAAAGAGUGGACAGACACGAGCAAGAAAAGAUCGUGGUACGAUUUAGAACAGAGCUUUGUACCGGUCCCUCUCCAGACCCUCCCGUGGCAAACAUGCCAACUCAAACACCUAACCCCCUCAAGACACCCCCUCAUUCACAACAUGCUCACAGUCUGGAGACGACACAAAGAUAAGUGGGGACUGUCCCCUGGAAUCUCGAGAUUUUUCCCCACGGCCUAUAAUCCUGACUUCCAGCAAGGACAGUAACACAGAGACACACCACCCUCCUAGAAACUAUGAGCAGAGCACAGCUUAAGGGAUUCCUGACGAGACACGUCCUCCCCCUUUGGACCCGAAGAGGAGAUACACACUUUGAACUCCUUUGUGGCCCAAAGGGCGACCGUAAACGGCCCUUAUCUAAAAUAUACCGUAUCCUACAGUCGGCAGACAGGGACCCUACGACUCCCACAUUCCAACAGAAAUGGAUGACAGACCUCCACAUACAUCUAUCGGACAAGGACUGGUCAAGUAUUAUGGAGACAGGUCUCAAAACCUCGAUAAGUGUCACACGUAAAGAGACCUUCUAUAAACGGAUUACCAGAUGGUACAGAACACCAGCCGUAUUACACACAAUAUGCCCUUCACUUAGCAAUAUCUGCUGGAGAUGCUCAGCCAGCAGAGGGGAUAUGGUACACAUCUGGUGGAGCUGCCAGGACAUUCAGCGUUUCUGGCAACUCAUAAUCUCGGAGAUAACAAAGAUACUAGCACCGACUACCCGCCUAACGGCACCCCAGGUACUGCUCGGCUGGCCACGCACGUUUAGAGAACCACAUAGGCAACAUUUAAUGCACAUUCUGCUAGGUGAGGCAAACGCCCUGAUCCCACUGUACUGGCGUAAACCCAGUAUUCCGACCUUAGAACAAUGGGUACAAAAAGUGGAAGGAGCGAGGGAACUAGAAGACAUUCACUGGUCGAUAAUGUGGAAACGUAAUAGGCAUCUCAAAACUUGGGAACCCUGGACAGAGUUUUGGACUCAUUCCAGGACAUAACCGUCCAAGAGACAGCCCUGGGCGGGACUGGACCCUUAGCAGCCAGCUAAGAGGAGCGAGUCAUGAAACAGCAAAACUAUGUUGAAUACGGGAAGAGUUUAAAAGGAACCACAUAAUGGCUACCCCAACCUAGGCAGGGAUCACCAUCCCCCCCCUAAUCCCCCCGUCCCCACUACCUAUCGAUCUUUACGGUUAAUCACACACACCACCAUACCCGGGAAGGAAAGGGGACAACCUCUUGUUUUCCGACCUCCACUAAAGGAAAAGUGUACACCUUUUUGCAUAAACUUGAAGUAACCCCGGACAAGUUUUCUGCCGGGACGCUUACGUUUGUGAUGUUAAAUGUAUCAGAGAUGCACUGUUCAUGUAAACUCUGAAAUGUGAUCAUUGAAUGCUCCCCUUUCUUUUCUGUACCCCAUUUCCUUGUACACGAGAAAUAAAGACAAUUUAAAUUUAAAAAAAGCCAGCAGAUGGAGGUCACAGAUUAGAGUAUACAUUUUUAGAUUAGAAAUCCCUUUGCUGAUAUCAUUACUGAUAUUAGCAUAGGAAAAUCCUUAGGAUCAGGAUUAGGACCAGCAAGAGAAUCCCUCUGCUGACAUCACUAUUGCUAAGAUUAGGGUUAGCAUUUGGGUUAGGUUUAGGGUUCUUAUAAGGACCGAUACUUAGCAAAGGAGAUGUAGCCAAAUGCAGCAAAAAUAUGUGUAUGUAAAAAUUAUAAAAUUAUUGUUAAAAACUUUGACAAAAAUGACAUUUCAAUAAAGUUCAGAAUACAUCAUGUGAGCGUUCCCAUAGUGUCCACAAAUGGCAUGCAUUUAUGGAAUAAUGCCCCAUAAUGCACCACAGACCCUUCAAUUAGCCAUUUUAGAAGAAAAAAAACACCGAACAGUUUAUAAAUUCAGCCCUGCAUUUUCACAAGAACAUAAUAUGGUUUAAUUUUCAUUCAGCUCUCAAAGGACAAUGUGAUUACUUUAGGUUUUUUUUGUCUCCUACUCUGAUAAUUCUCAGAUAAUAAAAAUCUAUGCAUUUUUUUGUUUGUUUUGUAAUAAAUGAAAAAAUUGUCACAUUAAAUUAAAGCCUUUUUUGGUGCAAUAAAGGAAAGAUGGAAAUUGCGUUUGAUCACACAUAGCAAAAUUGACAAAACAAGCAAACCGAAGUUAUGUCCUCAAGGGGUUAAACAAAUUCUAGGAGUAUGUAGUACAUAGACAAUAUCUCAAAUGUUUAACCUCUUUCCGACCUCGGACGUGCAGGUUACGGCUGACAAAAAACGUCAGUUAAUGACCGCAGAUGUACCCUGCAUGUCCGUGGCUAAAAUGAUCUGGGUACUCACCUGGACCAGCGAUCCCGGUCCAGGGGAACUGCCUGAGAUCCCAGCAGUCCCCCUACUGCAGCUCCGGCCUUUCCGGCCCUCCAGGGCCAUGUGAUCACCAUGAUCACAUGGCCGCAAUGGAAGUCUAUAGUCAGCCAGUCCCCCAGGCACCUAAAAUGUAAAAAAAAAAAAAUAUAUAUAGAUAUUAUAUUAUAUUAAUAUAUUUUGGAAGGCUAUUUGGUCUGAAUUUGUGGGAGGAAUUAUGACCCUAUUUAAACCCCUACCCCCCUACUUACCUUUUGCCAUUCAAGCGGUUUGUCCAUAGCAACCAGCAUUUCCCAUCCAUGGUUUUCGCCAGAAUCCAGUCUCCAGCAAGCAGUCUGUCGCCAGCAGCUCCUGCAUCCGACCUCCGUGCCCAUCAACCAGCUUCUAUCCAACUACGCUACUCGGCUUCUGGUCACGAGAGGUGCACGUCCACGUAAGCACAACGUGGGAAAUAGCGUUCGGCUAUUUCCCAUGUUCGGGCCUAAAAAAGCAGGGAUAGGCUCCAUUUAUUACUAAUAUUAUACUUACCCGUUUGUGCAUUUUCUCCAUUUGUGUACUUCUGCGUUCGUGAGGCUAACAGCUGACUGCAGAGUACACUCUCCUUCGUUUGUCAUUCGUUUAAAUUAUCUACCGACUGCACUAUACUCACGUUCGUUUGUCCUUUCAUACGCAUAUACAGCCGAACACAUAAACAGCUUUUCGUUCAGUCUUCCGCAUGCUUCACUUAACCGACCGCAGGUGGUCUGUUCCAUUUGCAUUCCCCUCGUUUGUUCGUUUAGCCGAACACAGGAGGUUUCAGAGCUUAAAAUUCACAAACCUGCCAUAAAUUGUACCUUGUAAUGCCAUUCACCUAUAACAAAUCAAUCACCCUUUCUCAUUUUUCUUAUGUCAAUUUUAUGUGUAGUAUCUGGCUCUCCAGUCAUCACUAGCAAUAAUAUAAAUGUCUAUGUGACACUACUUUCCUUUCAUGGUUACAUUAAAUUAUGGGACACAAUCUAUUCAGGGGAACCUUCUUAAAGACACUGUUCGGACACAAUCACUUUACAUAUAUAUCAGUAUGCUAAACACUCCGUCAAGCACCACUAUUUAACCACGCUGUAACUUAGUCUAUUGUAGUACUAUUUAUUUUCCGAGUAUUCAUACUAAGUCAUCUGCAUUACUAAUGUUGCCCCGCCCACUUCAUCUUUUCUUAGUUUUAUCAUGUCACAAAUUAAGCUCCCUUUUCACUACACCCUGUUCCAAAUUAUUAUGCAAAUGAUAUUCUCAUUUACCUAAAUAAUUGAUGUAACAGUCAGCAUAAUUCUCAUGUUAUCAACUAUUAAGAGUACAAUUCAAAUUUUAUUGAACAAAUCUCCUAAUGAUAACAGUAUUUUUCUUAAACAUAAAUAAUAAACAUAAACUUACAAUGUACUGUUCCAAAUUCCAAAAACACUUUAUAGGUUGUAAAGAACUGAAAAUUGUAAUUUGUUGUGUUUGUAGCAAAUUUACUGAAAUCAAAAGCUAUUUCAAUCAAACUUAUAACAACAUUUUAACUUUUUAAACAUUUUAACACAGGACCCCUUAUUUGAUAGCAGCUUUACAAGUCUUGCAUCUAUUGAACUUGUGAGUUUUUGGACAGUUUCUGCUUGAAUUUGUUUGCAAGAUGUCAGAAUAGAGCUGCUGUUUGGAUGUAAACUGCCUCCCACCCUCAUAGAUCUUUUGCUUGAGGAUGCUCCAAAGGUUCUCAAUAGGAUUGAGGUCAGGGGAGGAUGGAGGCCACACCAUGACUUUCUCUCCUUUUAUCCCCAUAGCAGCCAUUGAUGCAGAGGUAUUCUUUGCAGCAUGAGAUGGUGCAUUGUCAUGCAUGAAGAUGAUUUUAUUACGGAAGACAUAAUUCUUCCUUCUGUACCAGGGAAGAAAGUGGUCAGUCAGAAAAUACACAUACUUUGCAGAGGUCAUCUUUACACCUCCAGGGACCCUAAAGGGGCCGACCAUCUCUCUUCCCAUGAUUCCGGCCCAAAACAUGACUCCACCACUGCCUUGCUGACGUCGCAGCCUUGUUGGAACAGGGUGGCUGUCCACCAACCAUCCACUACUCCAUCCAUCUGGACCAUCCAGGGUUGCCAUCCACUACUCCAUCCAUCUGGACCAUCUCAUCAGUGAACAGGGCUGUUUGAAAAUUAGUCUUCAUGUAUUUUUCUGCCCAAUGCAGCCAUUUCUGCUUGUGAGCAUUGGUUAGUGGUGGCCGAAUAGAUAGUUUAUGCACAGUUGCAAGACUCUGAAGGACUCUACACCUUGAUGUCCGUGGGACUCCAGAGGCACCAGCAGCUUCAAAUAUCGGUUUGCUGCUAUGUAAUGGUAUUUUAGCAGCUGCUCUCGAUUCGAUGCAUGGAUCUGGCAGAAAUCUUCCUCAAUGUGCCUUUAUCUGCAUGAACCUGUCUGUGCUCUGAAUCAGCCACAAAUCUCUUAAUAGUGCAAUGAACACGCUUAAGUUUUUGUGAAAUAUAUAAUGUUUUCAUACCUCGUCCAAGGCAUUGAACUAUUUUACUCUUUUCGGCAGCAGAGAGAUCCUUUUUCUUCCCCAUAUUGCAUGCAAAUGGUGCUCUGCUUAAUAAUGUGGAACACCAUCCUUUAGCAGUUUUUCCUUAAAUUGGGCUCACCUGGCAAUCUAAUUAUCACAGGUGUCUGAGAUUGUUUUCAGUGAUCAAAAGAGCCCUGAGACACAAUGCCAUCCGUGAGUUAAACUGAAGAACAAAAUAUUUAAUCUUUGUGACACUUAAAUAAAUAGAAUUUGCAUAAUAAUUUGGAACAGGGUGUAGACUCAUUACAGACCAUUAGCACAAGUAGUAAAUCUCUGUUUCCAAACCUUAUACUCUGGUUCCUUAUACUUAGAUUGCAUAUGUUUUUAGGUUCUACUAGUUUUUCUUCAAACCACUCUCCAGGAAGUGGUAUCCAGUAUCCCACAUUACGGUUUCAGGUAAGAAGGUUUACCAUUUUAGGUUUUUCCCUUGAGGCCUUAUUCAGCCUCCAUGGCCUCAUGCAGCCCCCCACCUCCCAAAGUGAGUUCUAAACUUCAAACCGUACCAGGUCUAAGAUUCCACACUAAGAUGUCAACAACAAUCUCAUAAUACCUACUCCACCGUAUUACUUCUAUAUUAACGGUACAUUUCUUGUCUAUCAUUUCUACUUAUCAUGACUUAGACCUGUGUCAUUACCGCAGUUCACCAAGUCCUACAACCAACAGGCUACCUGGUUCCCAGCAUUUCAGUAUCAGGUAUUGUUAAUCUUACUCAAUACGAUUACGUUUCUCCUUAAGGCCUCACUUCGCCUUCGUAUCAUUCAAAAAAUUCACACUUGUGAGAACCCAGAGGCUGGUCUCUAAUUACAGACCAACGUUCAGGUCCCUCAGCUUACACAGGUUCUUACGUUACAGUAUCUCUGAUACACACCUACACAUACGUUCAACAUUUUCACACUUGGCAUACCAGUGGCACGCCUCAGGCCCACUAGCAUCUUUCUUACCCUUAGGUUUCCUGGACUGGGCCCGUUCCCUGCAGAAGCAAGUAUAUAGAUACACAUAUAUUGAAGUCUUCCUGUGCUUUGUCCAAACAAACAGUACUAAUACUCAUAGAAUGUGAAGGGCAGAUAAGAACCAUUCGGCCCAUCUAGUCUGCCCAAUUUUCUAAAUACUUUCAUUAGUCCUAGCCUUAUCUUAUAGUUAGGAUAGCCCUAUGCCUAUCCCACGCAUGCUUAAACUCCUUUACUGUGUUAACCUCUACCACUUCAGCUGGAAGGCUAUUCCAUGCAUCCACUACCCUUUCAGUAAAAUAAUACUUCCUGAUAUUAUUUUUAAACCUUUGUCCCUCUAAUUUAAGACUAUGUCCUCUUGUUGUGGUAGUUUUUCUUCUUUUAAAUAUAGUCUCCUCCUUUACUGUGUUGAUUCCCUUUAUAUAUUUAAAUGUUUCUAUCAUAUCCCCCCUGUCUCGUCUUUCCUCCAAGCUAUACAUGUUAAGAUCCUUUAACCUUUCCUGGUAAGUUUUAUCCCGCAAUCCAUGAACCAGUUUAGUAGCCCUUCUCUGAACCUCUCUCUAAGGUAUCAAUAUCCUUCUGAAGAUACGGUCUCCAGUACUGUGUACAAUACUCCAAGUGAGGUCUCACCAGUGUUCUGUACAAUGGCAUGAGCACUUCCCUCUUUCUACUGCUAAUACCUCUCCCUAUACAACCAAGCAUUCUGCUAGCAUUUCCUGCUGCUCUAUUACAUUGUCUGCCUACCUUUAAGUCAUCAGAAAUAAUCACCCCUAAAUCCCUUUCCUCAGAUGUUGAGGUUAGGACUCUAUCAAAUAUUCUGUACUCUGCCCUUGGGUUUUUACGUCCAAGAUGCAUUAUCUUGCACUUAUCCACAUUAAAUGUCAGUUGCCACAAUUCUGACCAUUUUUCUAGUUUAUCUAAAUCAUUUGCCAUUUGGCUUAUCCCUCCUGGAACAUCAACCCUGUUACAUAUCUUAGUAUCAUCAGCAAAAAGACAUACCUUACCAUCAAGACCUUCUGCAAUAUCACUAAUAAAAAUAUUAAAGAGAAUGGGUCCAAGUACAGAUCCCUGAGGUACCCCACUGGUGACAAGUCCAAGCUUCGAAUAUAUUCCAUUAACUACAACCCUCUGUUGCCUGUCACUCAGCCACUGCCUUACCCAUUCAACAAUAUUGGAAUCCAAACUUAAAGAUUGCAGUUUAUUGAUAAGCCUUCUAUGUGCAACAGUGUCAAAAGCCUUACUGAAAUCUAGGUAAGCAAUGUCUACUGCACCACCCUGAUCUAUAAUUUUAGUUACCCAAUCAAAAAAAUCAAUAAGAUUAGUUUGGCAUGAUCUCCCUGAAGUAAACCCAUGUUGUCUCUGAUCUUGAAAUCCAUGUGUUUUUAGAUGUUCAACAAUCCUAUCCUUUAACAUGGUUUCCAUCACUUUCCCCACUACUGAAGUAAGGCUUACUGGCCUAUAGUUGCCCGACUCCUCCCUAUUACCUUUCUUGUAAAUGGGCACAACAUUCGCUAACUUCCAAUCUUCUGGGACUACUACUGUUAACAAUGAUUGGUUAAAUAAAUCUGUUAAUGGUUUUGCUAGUACACCACUAAGCUCUUUUAAUAGCUUUGGGUGUAUUCCAUCAGGUCCCAUUGACUUAUUUGUCUUUACUUUUGACAGUUGAAAUAGAACCUCUUCCUCUGUAAACUCACGUGUAAUAAAUGACUCAUUUAUCCUUUUUCUCAACUGAGGUCCCUUUCCUUCAUUUUCAUCUGUAAAUACAGAACAAAAAUAUUCAUUGAGGCAGUCAGCCUAGACCUUUAUCCUCUUCUACAUACCUUCCUUCUUUUGUUUUUAAUCUAACUAAUCCUUGUUUUACUUUUCUUUUCUCAUUUAUGUAUCUAAAAAAUGUUUUGUCCCCCUUUUUUACUGACUGUGCUAUUUUCUCUUCUGUGUGUGAUUUGGAAGCUCUUAUAACUUGCUUAGCCUCUUUCUGCCUAAUCUUAUAGAUCUAUCUAUCUUCCUCACUCUGGUUUUUUUUAUAAUUACUAAAUGCUGACUUUUUGUUUUUUACUAUUUUGGCCACAUCUGCAGAGUACCACAGUGGUUUCCUGAAUUUUUUGCUUUUACUGACAAGCCUAAUGCAAUUUUCUGUUGCCUUCAAUAGUGCAACUUUUAAAUAAUCCCAUUUCUCUUGGACUCCAUUUAAAUUGCUCCAGUCUGAUAAUAACUCCUCUACACAUAUUCUAAUUUUAGAAAAGUCUGUUUUUCUAAAGUCUAAAACUUUUGUUUUUGUGUGGUGUGACUCAGUCACUGUUCUUAUAUUAAACCACACUGACUGAUGAUCACUGGAUCCUAAACUUUCACCUACAGUAAAUAUCGGAUACCAAAUCUCCAUUUGUUAAUCUCUUUACGAGUUGGCUCCUCAACGACUUGUUUUAGAGACAAUCCCACUAGGGAGUUUAGAAUAUGUGUGCUCCUGGCACAAGCAGCUAUUUUGUUUUUUCAAUUCACAUCAGGAAGAUUAAAGUCACCCAUGAUAAUAGCUAAAAUGACAAUGAAGGGGGAAGUUAUUUCCUCAACUUAUAGAUUAUCUAACUCUUCAAUUUGUCCUAGGGGCCUAUAAAUCACACCUACACGAGUUACUGUAGGAUUACCAAAUUCUAACGUAACCCAAACGGACUCUAUGUUUGCCUCACUAACUUUUAUUAGGCUAGAUUUUAUGCUAUCCUUCACAUACAGGGCCACCCCUCCCCCUUUCUUGCCUUCCUUAUCUUUUCUAUAUAAAGAGUACCCUGGUAUUGCGAUGUCCCAGUCAUUUUUCUCAUUAUACCAUGUCUCAGUAAAAGCGACUAAAUCUACACUAUCAGUUGCCAUUAGUGAUAUCCCGAACGGUUCGCCGUGGACGGCGAACAUAAACAUAAACUUUGACCCUGUACCUCACGGUCAGCAGACACAUUCCAGCCAAUCAGCAGCAGACCCUCCCAACUCCUGGACAGCUCCCUAAGAAUGCAGCUUCACAAUGAAUGUAAAAUGGAUGCUGUCCAGGAGGUGGAACGUGUAACAAAAUGCAUAGCAACUAUUACACUGAACUAAGUCUGCCAUUCCAAUGAGGAGAAUAAUUUAAAUCCAACAAAUCUUAAUUCUUAUUCAUCCUCCUGAAUACCUCAGAUUACCUCCAGUUUCUCUCCAGAAUAUCUCCAACUACACACUUAGAUGAAGCAACCAAGCUAAGGGUUAGUAUUUACAUACGUUCAAAUACAUCAUUCUAAGAGACAAGUCCCAUCGGGUUAGGCGCUGGCCUUAGCUAUCAAAGUUACUACACUGGUCCCGUGAAGUCUACACCUCACCUCAUAUGUGGAGGUUCGGCCCCACGACCAAAUCAUAGUUAGCUACCUCGCUCGCCCUCCUUUUGGGCUACAGCUAGGGCUUCCCAAGUCACGGCCACACUUUUUGAAUCUCUUUACGGUCACCGAGAGGCCAACAUCCUGUCACCACCUUCAAGUGGCCACAAAAUCCCCUCUGCCCAAAUCAUAGGUACUAGCAGGGCCUCACCUGUCACUUGGUUGUAGGUAAACUCUUCGCUUCGGCACUAGCUAGCAGGCAAGUUCUCCUGAGGUCUCAUCCCCACCUCCACUACUUAUCCAAAUCAUUAUUUCCUUUUUCAGAAUGUCUCAAGAACCAAUCAUCGAUCUGCCAUUGGACGAUAUACCCAGCACGCCACUCAGGCCUGGGUCUCCGGAGGAAUCUUACUCCUUCUACCCCCAGAUCCCUGAGAUAUUGGACUAUUCCUAAAAUAUUGGCUGAGCUCAGGCUCAGGGCCAUCGCUAGAAAGGCUGAACUAUACAAACUCCUGAUGGCUCAGGCCAUGACUUUAGGCCCGGCACUAGUUCGCAAGGGCCCCCAGCUAGCUACUCUGAUUCCACACAGGAGACUCUGGCUGCUAUUCUUGUCAAUCUCCAAACCAUAAACAGCAGAUUGCAGAAAGUGGAAUCGGCCACAGCCACACCAGGUGAUUCAAUAGCCCUAGCAGGCCCUCCUCCGGUAAUCUCGGCCGCUCAGACUGACAUACCCCUCCUUCCCCCUCCCCCACCAGCCACCACCACUCCCACUACCUUAUACGUCUCUCCAGCCCACUCUGUCCCAGCUUCCAUCAAGAAGGAUAUUUUUGAUGGAAAGGACGUUAAUCUUAUGUCUCUCCUCAUAGCCUCCCAAGAUAUCCUAGAAAACCGAGCUUAUAACUACGGGGACAUUUCAGUAGUCUUAAGAGCCAGAGACCCACGACUAAACAAAAACUUCAUAUUCCCCAGUCUGUCAUCGCAUUUGCCAUUUAUCGUGACGGAUCUGCACGGAUUACCCACAUAGGAGAGAAGAGCUUGAUUUAUACAUGCACAAGGUGGUUGAUUUGGGCAUCAAGUAUAGAGGGUCCUCAUUUUACGACUACCACAAAUCAGUUUCGGCCAAGGCAGCUACUCAUCUGGCACAGUUCAAUAUUAGAAUCGAUUGGUGCCAGAUGGUUACUGAACUUUUUUGCCGUCAUUUUGCCGGUUUGAGGCCCCCCGUCCUGUGCCUCAUGUAGUUCCACUUCUCACUCCACCGACCUGUGCCCUUGCGACACAGACCCUUACACUUCCAAGUCCCACCACUCCUUUACUCCACACAUAAGACAGGAAGGUGGACAAAGAGACAAGCUGGGCAGACCCAUCACAUUCUUGGGCAAGGCGCACGUGUGCAAUAACUUUAAUAUGGGGGCAUGCAGCUACAGCGCAUGCAGGUUGUUUCACAUCUGCUCCAUUUGCUUCAGAGCCCACACCAAGACUAUGUGCCCGGCCUGACUGGCACCUAACAAAUGAGUUGGUUUCUACCUGCACUCACUCCCAGUUAGGCGACUGGGACUUAUCUGGUGACGGGUCCUCUCUCUAAGGUUCUCACUCGGGACUCACGACCUUCCCCUCAUGUACAUCCACAUGACCAAAACCCCUGGUGUUAUCUGCAUUUGCUGCAUUAUGUACGGCGAACCACCUUCUGACCACAUCAUUACGCUGGCAUCAUGUUCAGCUAUUACUCACUACUACUUACACUCCCAGUUAAUAAGACGCUUAUUAUUGACCUUUCGCAUCUCAUUUCUUCCUCCAGUUCCAGCAGUUAAUUCUCUCAUACCCGAUGUAUAGUUUGCAUUGUAAUAUGCCAAAUUGGCUGCCACACAAUCUACUAUUUCAGCGGGUAGGAAGACAUGGUUAAGCAAACACUCGUUCUAUGCUAAGCUUGUUUCCUUGCCAUAGCAUUACGAACUAACUUUGCAAACCAGCUACCUCAGUAAAGCUGACUCAUUAGUGGGGAUGUGGUAGUCCAGUUCCUCCGGGGUGGUACGUGUGGAGCAGAAGGGACCCAGUCCUCACUGGGACCCCUUGACUUUGCUAUAAGUAUUACCCCGCGGGGGUGCGGCUGUUUGUCUCUUUGAAUAAUCAUCCCCUGCCCAACCAUUUGUCGACCCUGACAGAGCAGGUCUACUCACGUAUAGUAGAUGCCUGGCCAUAGAGUACAGGGUUUAUUUGGUACAUUCCAACAAGUUCAGAGCUCUCAACACAAUUGGGUUUGAAACCUCUUUUCGCAACUACUGGUUAGGGCCCAUCGACCACUGAGUCAGAUGCCUGCCCAGUCUUUAAAGAAACAUCCAAUGUUUUACAUCCCUGGUGCCCAUAACACAGCUGCUGACACUUUUUUACGCUCUCAAUCCCGCUGGCCCACCUCCAACCAUCCAGGACACCACUGCUCCUCCAGCUAAUACUGGAUUAAGCGGACUAUUACUCCACACACAAGCACCACGCACUGUCACCCAACGAUCACUUACGCUAGGGCACUGACUAUUUUUAACAAAUUCACCGCUGAGUUUUACUUACAAGGUGACUUUUCCAUUAAAACUAUGGUGGCUUUUGUCUCCUUCUGUCAUCUACACCUUAAACUUUCACACAAUACUAUCAAACUCUACCUUACCGGGGUACAACACCACAUCCUCACUACCUGCCCUAACCGUGCACCUUUUCUAACUUCCAACCCAAGAAAAUCCUUAAAGGUAUUUAUAAGGUCACAGUUCCUCUUGGCACUACUGGAUUGCCAAUAGAUGGUCCAAUAUUCAGGCUCCUUAGCGAUCAAUUGGACAUAUCCCUGUUUGACCAUAAUACAAAUCUGGUCAUUAAUGCCGCCAUCUUUUUGGCUUUCUCCGGAAGACCUAGAGAGUUCACUGUCAUAUGUCAAGGAGAUACCGCCCUAUGUCUAAAACGUUCUCACUUAAAGUAGAUGACCACUACAUACUCUCCUUGCCUUCUACUAAAGCUAAUCACACUGCCUAUCCUAAUAUCAUUCCCCUCUUCCCUACUGCGAAUCUGUGGUGCCCAUUAAAUAUUCUGGAUUUGCUCCUGUUAUCUCACCAGACACUCCACUACUAUUACUCCAAGGGCACCCACUCACCACAGCUAAAUUCAUUUUGCACAUCAGAACCCUACUAUCAAGGUUGGGCUACAACCCAGCUUCCUUCUCUGGUCACUCAUUUCGUAUCAGCGCAGCAUCAUCGGCUUCAAGCACAAACACCCCGGUACACAUCAUUAAGAGACUGGGACGCUGGAAAUCCUCAAUAUACAACACCUACAUUCCUCAACCAGAAAGGGACCUUCAGGAAUCUUGCUAUUUAAACUUGCAAUAAAGUGUGUGUUUACUUCUAAUUCCUUUUUGCCCUCUUUUUUACAGGCAUACACGUGCGUUGGUUUCGGCACACUUCAACCAACUCUGCUUCUCCUCUACAUUCCAUUUACGCAUUAGAAAUUCCGAGCACAAGUUGGAAGGCCAUUUGGCUUGAAUUUGUGGGAGGAGUUAUGACCCUAUUUAAACCCCUACCCCUCUACUUACCUUUGCCGUUCAAGCUGUUUGUCCCCAACCACCUACCCUUCUUUAUAUACAUUUCACUUUAUGGGCCCUCUUUUUUACAGGCCUACUCGUAGGUUGGUUUCAGCACACCUCAACAUUCCAUUUACGUAUUAUAAAUUCCGAGCACAAAUAAUAAUAAUAAUAAUAAUAAUAAUAAUAAAAUAUAUAUAUAUAUAUAUAUAUACACACACAUACAUAUAUCUUUCUAUCUAUCUCUAUAUAUUGGAAAAUAUAUUCAUACUUACCGUAAUUUUCUUUUCCUGGCUAUUAUUCAUGGCAGCAUAUACAACGUGGGUUAGCUCCGCCCCUUACAGCCGACUAAGGUCCUUAGUCAGUUUACAAGCUCUACAGUAGGUAGAGACAUUAAUGGGUGGGUAGUAUAUGCUGCCAUGAAUAAUAGCCAGGAAAAGAAAAUUACGGUAAGUAUGAAUAAAUUUUCCACUUUCCUGGCUAAUCAUGGCAGCAUAUACAACAUGGGAAUACCUAAGAUAACACAGGAAGGGAGAGAAACGUAAAUAAUUUCCAAUCAAAUAAGAACAAUUCAACCCAGCUUGAAGAAUGAACUGAGUUACGUACUUGACGUCCAAAUUGUGCACCAUUGACUGUUUCAACGAACAGUAUGAAAUGCCAGACAAAUGUGUGUAAAGAGGUUCAAAUGCUAGCUUUACAAAAAGCGUCAGCAGAAACCAUUGCCAUAGAAAUCCACAAUGCUGCAACGGCAUGGGUGGAGAGUGCCCUGAUACCCUCUGGCACAGGUUGAGAAUGGCAUCGAUAAUCUUUCCUUUUAGGCUGGACCUCAGAGGCCAAAUACAAGACAACCAUAACCUGUUGAAAAACAGUGAUUGGGGAUUCACAGGACCAAGCCUGGAGUUCACACAUUCUCCUUGCUGAGGUACCAGUCACCAGCACUUUCUGUGCUACCACCAUGGAAGCUCCUGCUAGAGGGUUUGAAUAAUGGUUCAAUCAAAUCCCGUGAGACCAGUGGUACAUCAUAUAUUGGCUUCACCGCACUUAGUGGAGGCUUGAGAUCAAUCAAUGCUUACAUGAAGCAAAGCACCAGGGGCUCCAGUGUUCAAUGGGCACCCAUCUAUGUGGAAAGUGCAGAUAUGUGCUCCUCUAGAGUGUUAUAACUCAGAUCCUCUAUAGGCCUGAUUGAGGAGUAAUUCCAACAGACAAAUGCAUGCCAUGUUUUGUAAAGUAUUUAUAGGAUGGCAAGAGGAUCUCAAUCACAGUCUCAGGGAUGCCCAUACUUAUGGGGACUCCUGCAUCAACACCAGAACUCUAGGAUCUUGGUGUAUCAAAGGACCUUGUAAUAGGUCUGGACGUACUGGAAUUUCCCCUGGAGUUUCCAGAAUCAUCUAUUCAUCAUAGAAUAGAGUUGACGUGGCCUUCCACGGUCUCCUUUUGAAUUAGGAAAGUUGAACUAGGAAAGUUGAAAACCGGAAACUAUAUUAGUGUACAUAAAUAUGCACAUCAGACUACUUCUGGAAAAUACUUCUGGACCUGGUAGUUCCAAGAAAUGGCCAUCAGAUCUAUGUAGGGUAUCAGACAAAUCUGCGUCAACCCCGAGGAUACGUCGGGGCAUGGUUGCUAAUCCACCUUGUCCAGUUAUUCAGCUCAGGUAAUCAGUCAUUGUAUUCAGAGCCCCUGGUUGUUCUUCUGUGCCCUGAUUAUCAUGGACUGUAAUUCCAUCAAUACGUAGCUGUGAGGCCCAUCUAGAUAGAUAUAGGAUACAGAUACUUGAAAUUGAGCAAAUUUGGACCCAAUUGUUAUUUAGUAACCCUCUGAAGUGAAGAAGAGCCCUGAAAUUGACUUGUACUUCCAUACAAUUGAAUGGAAAUAAUGUGCAACAUGGUCCAAACACUGUGUAACCAAUCUUUGAAAACAGGAAUCAGAGCUUAUAAUUGACCAAUGAGGGUCUGUUCAUUGGAAACACAGAGAUAUAUUCUCUCUUUUUAGCUACCAGGUAAGGUGUAACCCCACUGAUGGGGACAUAGUCAGUGGCUGGCUCCAAUAAUCUUUCUCUUGUUAAGCCAAGAUAGGUAGAAUCAUUGAGAAAUACAGAGAUGCCAUUGGGCCCAUCACACAAGUCUGAUGGUGGAAGCCAGGAGUUCUAGUAGUUGCAUCUACUUUCUUGCUGUUACCAAGCAAAAUUAAAGAAACUGGGAGAGAAACCUCCACAAUCUGUGCAACUGUUCCUGAGAUAGGAAAAAGGCAGAGCAUAGCAUCUUCCACCCAGAAAUGUCAACCACUGAACUGGCGUGAAUCUUCUUUUCUUGAUAUACAUCAAGCAGCCAAACUUCAGGAGUUUCUGAAAGAACUCUCUUCCUCUGUGUGCCUACGGCUACCAGAAGUAGAUCAUCCAGAUAAUGGAACCAGGUGGUGUUCUGGACUCUCAAUAUCACUAUAAGCACAUAAAAGGUUUUUUCGGGCUGCAGUGAGGCUGAAUGGUAGGGCACUAAAUUGGAAGUUCUCUUCAGAGAUAAUGCUGAAGAUCUAGGUCGAUUGGAAUGAUAGUAAGAAUCCUUGACAUAUAUAUAUAUAGAGAUAAGGAACUUAUCCUUCCACAUUGCUUGAGAUAUGGAUCUGAUUGACUCCAUCUUGAAGACGGACAUUUAGCCUUUUGUUGGUCCUUCUUAGGUCCAGUGUAGGCUUCCAUGUGCUUUUUCUUUUAGCACCAUAUGAGAGGAGAAUAUUGUCCCUGGAACUGCUCUUGUUAUAGGACCUAAGAAAUCACCUCUUCGUCCAGAAGGCUUCUUACAUAUUCAUUUAGUGCUUACCUUUUGAUUCACCGGUCUUAAUUCUCUUGUUGGUAUAGAGACUCCUGUGUCAGAAGAAAAAACUCCAGUCUAAAUCAAUCUGGACUAUGGAUACCACCCAAGUCUCCAGAAUGUAACGAGCCCAGGUCUGUCUGAUCAGAAAAUGAGGCUCCUAGUACUGAAGGAGACCCGUUCAUUGCUGAAGUGCAAUAUGACUGCUUCAUAGCUCCAUUAGAGCCUUGAAAGGCAGGUUUACCAACUGCCAUGAGUUACCUCUGGAGUAUUCCCUGCAGGGUCAGUAGCUCCAUGUAUCUCAGAAAUGCUGGUCACUGUAGGUUCUCCGUUCUGACUAUGAGGAACUGGGAUUCUUGGAACUUCAGUCCUGAGGUACAAAUACCUUGUAGCCCUCAAUCGCCUUUUCAAUGGAUUCAUCCAAAGCUUACCCAAACAGCACCUCCCCUUUAAAAGAAUGGUGUAGAGGGCAGACUUAAAGGAUGAGUCAUCAUCCCAGAAUCAGAACCAUAAUGCUUUCCUAGCUGCUAUAUAUGCUAUAGGUAAAGCCAUCUGAUCAAGAGAAUACCCUAGUUACCUGUAGGGAAGCUUCUGUGAAGAAGUCAGUUGUAACCUGAAGACUUCAGGCUGCAUCUUCAAUCUUGGCUCUUAAUAUCUCACUUCAUAGUAGCCUUCAGAUGCUUAAUCAUAUUUUUCAUGGUUGAAGAAACAGCAGUGAAAGCUACAGCUAUCUGACAUCCUGCAUUGGCAGGAGUAUAAAUUUGGACAGAUCUGCGUCCAUUUUUGAUCCAUAAGUUUGAAACUUAGGUGGUGUAGAUCAGGGGUUGGAAAUACCUUCUUCCACAGGAUAAGGUCUGGCCUCUUUUAUACCCCUAAAGCCUCUGUAAUACCUUGGAACUUCGUUUGUAAGCCAUGGCCGCUUGUCAUGUGGCUGUACAGUGACAGGUCAUGCUGAAAGGGCUACCUUCUGGAGGCAGUAAGUGCAUAACCGUUUUCCUUCCACGGUUUUCCCUUCAUAACCAGAAUCUGAUGUAGAUUCAGACAUCAGAUAAAUAAUAAAUAACUAGAAAAUAAAUAUUACCUGUGGAAAGCACUAAAGUAAAAACGUGCACUGAUAAAUUCUAUUAAGAAAUCAGUGAAACAGAUUAAAAACUGGGUGUAGACAGCACCUGUUCCUGUCUGGACACCCUCAAAUACUUACCAAAUAAGUUGGGGAUGUUUACUGUAAUUCUCACUUCAUUUUAGGUACUUUCUGGCAAUUGCCCUUACCCAAGAUGGCUGCCACAACUUGUAUUCCCACAAUGCAAGUCAUCUGUAUUAGGCCCUUUAAGGCACAAACUGCACACGCGUGGGCCCUUUCUGAGUGUGUUUGCUGUUUAGAGACCAGGGAGAGAGCUCUGUCUGAAGUAUACAUGGCCCCUGAACACCCAGGGAGCCGGGAAAAUCACUGUGACCUAGGGGAAGCAAAAACAAUGCAAAGGUGCCUGCAAGGUAGUAAAAAGGCCUCAUAGUGUAAAAGGCCUCAUAGCCUUACGGCACAGCUGCAAAAUGCAUCACAGUUUAAAUGCUCUGCAGUCUUGAAAGCACUGCAGAUCCAAAUGCACCGCAGUCUGAAAGCACCACAGUUUCAAAUGCAAGUUUUAAAUGCACAACAGUUUAAAUGCUUCCCAGUAUAAAAGCACAACUGCAUCAUGUACCACAAUGUAAAGAUAUUAUAGCAUAAGGUACAGCUGUAUAAUGCACUAGUUUAAAGACAUCAAAGCUUAAAUGCAUCACAGUCUACAUGCCUCAUAGAUUAAAUGCAUCACAGCAUAAAAG